AACAAUCAGCGUGAAAAAGGAGAACAAAACCCUAAUCCCUGCAAGCAGCUUAAAGCCUUAAACCCUCCCUCUGGUUCGUUCACCUUCCCUGACUUUCAGUGGCCAGUCCUUUCCUUUCUGGUUGCGUCUCUAAACUCUAAUCUGAAUUGAAGUGAACCGGUGAGGAAAAUCGAACAAACAACCCAAUGGUGUGGUUUCAGUGCGAUGACUGCGGCGAGGAACUGAAGAAGCCCAAGCUCUCUAAUCACUUCCGAAGGUGCUCCGCUUCCAAGCUAUCGUGCAUUGAUUGUGGGGUGACUUUCAGCCCUGAUACCGUCCAGGGCCACACGCAGUGCAUCAGCGAGGCGGAAAAAUAUGGUCCCAAAGGACAAGGGAACCCUGCCAUUAAUGGGGCGACCCCUAAAUCCAAGGAUUCAAAGCAAAAGCCUGAUGUCGAUAUCAAUGUUGGUUUGUCCCUCCGCCCGCCAUGGUAUUGCAGUCUCUGUAAUACCCAAGCUACGAGUAAACAGGCUCUUCUUUUGCAUGCUGAUGGAAAGAAGCAUCGAGCUAAGGCACGAGCCUUUCAUGCUGGCAGGCAACCUAAACAGACUGAAGAUGUUGUACAAGGGAUCAUCCCCAUUGAUUGCACUGUUACAGAAAAUGGGUCGGGUGAGAAGCCUACAUCUGAUGGUGCAAAUACUGAUGGAAAGCUGGAGGAUGGGGUUUUACCAUCAGACAAGAAAAGAAAACUAGACGUGUUAGAUAAUAAUGGUGAUGUUUGUGUGAAAAUGGGCAAGGGUGAUUCCAAAGCCGAAACACCAAGUGAUGUGGUUCAGGUUGGAAGUGUCAACGCCUGUGAAACAGAUGGUAAAUCAAAGAAAGUCAAGCGAAAUGAGAUGAGAACUGAUAGGAAGUUAGAAUCUCUCAGUCCGGAAGAACAUACAGAGAACAAGAUCAAGUGGAAAAAGUUGAUCAAGGCAGCCCUGAAAUCUAAUCCAGAUGGAGCUAUGAAAUUGAAGAAAUUGGAGAAACAUGUGAAGAAGUUGCUCCAGGAAUCCGGAAAAGGCGUAGAUCAAGACGAACUUGGCAAUAUUCUUCAGCAAAAGGUCAAUUCAAACUCCAGAUUCACAAUUGAUGGCAAAAACGUCAGGCUUGUGGCCAGAGUCUAAAACUGGGGUCUUGGCAUUUGGCAAGGUGAUACAUGUACUUGGGAGGGAUAUUCUUGUACCUUUUUUCACAAAUCCAUUGAUGGAGUCCGAGAGGUUUCAGACAGUUUUGCCGGCUGAUUCUUGUUUUAUUUUGGAAUGAGAUUACUUGCACAAAAUCUGUAGCCUUUUUUCUGGUCUUCUGACCCAACUAAGAUUCUAUAUCUUCAUUUUUUUUAAGAAUGUGAUGUCUUACGAUGAAUCUCAGGACUUCUGGUUUGCUACUCGAAUCUUAUAG